UCUCUGACUGGUGACUGUGAGGGGGAGAGAGAGAGAGAGAGUGAAGCCUUUUUAACAAUCCCGCCAUACCGAAAUCGAAGAAAGCUGUAAAUUGAAGAGACGCGCUCUUCCUUCUCUUCUCUCUCUAGCUUCGAGAUCUUACCGGGAAAAAGUUUCGCCGCUCGAUUUCAUCGACGCCGGAGUUGAGUUUCGCUAUUCCGCCGCAGAAGCAAGAGAGUUUUCCAUCGAUUUGAAAUUUUCAAGUACAGUAAAAUGGUGGUGACAAGAGGAGAUAAAUUUGCUGGAAGCUCUCUGGCAUGUAAAUCUAUGAUCGGUGCUAAUAAAAUGAGUGGGAGUCAUCAUCUCCCUCAAGUUAAAACAAAUUGGUCGAAACAUGCCAAGGCUUUUGAGUGUAUACCAUCCUUGAAUAAGUUUAUGAGCUCCAAUUUCCUUUACUCUAUAGAAUGUCAAAAGCCAGGAAGAGAUAGAGAUAUAGCUGCAACAAGGUCAAUUGAAAACAUCUGUCCUCUAACUGUGCAAACUUUGGCACGGCCACAAAUUGAAAAGGCUUGGUGUACUCUUAUAAAUCUCUCAAUAAGUAAGACCUACCUGAGACCUGGCAUUACUCCUGCAAUUGAUGAUGGCAGCACUGAUUUGUCAUCUUCGACGAAAGGAUCCAUUAUUAAAGUUACAUCCACUGCUGAUGGGUCUUUCUACGCACACAAUCAUCCAGAGCAUAGUCAACGGCGUGUAAGAGGCACUGCAAAAUCGUUUGACAGUUUCUCCUCCUCUUCCGUAGGUGAUGAUAAAAUAACUAUUGGCAAGGCUCUACAGGUAAAGGAUGAGAUUAGAGAUUCAGUAACCGGUUAUAAAUAUACCAGUGGUAUGGAGAUGCCAACAAUCAAAAAUUCCACACACCCAGCUAGUCUUGAUGAGAUUGAUUAUGAUGACAUAAUUGAGAUUAUUGACGUAGACCAAAUUGUGAUGGAACACUACCAUUCAACGUGUACCGCCCAACCAUCAGUAUCUAGUUUUACACCAAUAGCUCCAUCUGUGGAUAUAUUUGCUUCCAGAAGAGAAGAGAAAUGCUUGCCUCCUGAAUUAUGUUCCAACUGUAGUCAUGGAAUAAAGCUAGGGCUUUGUCCUGAAGCUUCCACCCAUGUGGAACAAAUGAAGGACACGCUGCUUGCAAUAUCUAAUGAAAUCCUGGACAAUACUACUGGCCUGGGCCCUGAUCAUUUUGAACAGCUUCGUCAAAAGAGGUUACUGUUGAAAAAGCAAAUUCAGCAACUCGAAAUCCUCAUCCAGAAUAAAGAAAGGCAAAUAUCGCAGUGUUCGGUGUUGACAGCUACUCAGACUCUGCAGUAUGAAACAUCUCAAACAACAAAUCAUCAGAUGGUUUAUGCGCAGACAGAUUCUCGAGCUCACGUAAAAGAAGACUAUUUAUUUUCUGAAGAUAGGAAGGGUAUUUCAUCCUGUCCUGUAGAGAGGGAACAAAUUCCCGAGAUUAUAGAUGUCACUUAUACCGAGAGUUCAAAUGAAAAAAAGUGGAGCAGUCGUGAUUUUUCUUGGACGAAAAAUCUUGAGGUCUAUAACAAAAUAGUGUUUGGAAACCACUCAUUUCGACCCAACCAAAGAGAGAUUAUUAAUGCUACAAUGAGUGGUUGUGAUGUUUUUGUUUUAAUGCCAACUGGAGGGGGGAAAAGCUUGACAUACCAGCUCCCUGCUCUGAUCUGCGCAGGAAUAACGUUAGUAAUAUCUCCACUUGUUUCACUCAUUCAAGACCAGAUAAUGAACUUAUUGCAGACCAAUAUACCUGCUGCUUCCUUAAGUGCUGGAAUGGAGUGGGCUGAACAACUAGAGAUCCUUCAGGAGCUGAGCUCUGAGAAUUCUAAAUACAAGUUACUGUAUGUCACACCCGAAAAAGUGGCAAAAAGCGAUUCCCUUUUAAGGCACCUUGAAAGCUUAAACUCCCGUAGUUUGCUUGCUCGAUUUGUUAUUGAUGAAGCUCAUUGCGUGAGUCAGUGGGGGCAUGACUUUCGACCAGACUACCAGGCUCUUGGUGUUCUGAAACAGAAGUUUCCUAAUAUUCCCGUCUUAGCUUUGACAGCUACUGCAACAGCCAGCGUAAAAGAAGAUGUUGUGCAAGCUCUUGGUCUGGUUAACUGUGUUGUGUUCCGGCAAAGUUUUAAUCGCCCAAAUCUAUGGUAUUCUGUUGUGCCCAAGACAAAUAAGUGUCUGGAAGAUAUUGACAGGUUUAUCAAGGAAAACCAUUUUGAUGAAUGUGGCAUCAUUUAUUGUCUUUCAAGAAUGGACUGUGAAAAAGUCACAGAAACAUUGCGGGCGUUUGGCCAUAAAGCGGCUUUCUACCAUAGCAAUAUGGAUCCUGGUAAACGUGCCUUUGUACAGAAAAAAUGGAGCAAGGAUGAAAUCAAUAUAAUAUGUGCUACAGUGGCAUUUGGAAUGGGAAUAAAUAAGCCCGAUGUUCGAUUUGUCAUUCAUCACUCUCUACCAAAGUCCAUAGAAGGCUAUCAUCAGGAAUGUGGUCGUGCUGGUAGAGACGGCCAGAGGUCAUCAUGUGUUUUGUAUUACAGUUAUACUGAUUAUAUUCGAGUGAAGUCUAUGAUUAGCCAAGGAGGACUUGGCCAAGGCCAUAUGACAACGGGAUAUAAUCGUAAAGCAAGUUCAGGGAGGAUGCUCGAAUCGAACACUGAAAACCUUCUCCGCAUGGUUAGUUACUGUGAAAAUGAGGUGGAUUGCCGACGUUUCUUACAGCUAGUUCAUUUGGGAGAAAAAUUUGAUUCGACAAACUGCAAAAACACAUGUGAUAAUUGUUCCAGCAGCAAAAAUUUGAUUGAAAAAGAUGUAACUUUGAUUGCAAGGCAACUGGUUGAACUGGUGAAGUUAACAGGAGAAAGGUUUUCGUCAGCUCAUAUUGUAGAACUCUACAGGGGAUCCUUGAACCAGAUGGUCAAGAAACACAGACAUGAUACUUUGCACCUGCACGGAGCAGGAAAGCAUUUGGCAAAAAGUGAAGCCUCUCGUAUCUUGCACUAUCUUGUGACAGAGGAUAUUCUUGCAGAGGGUGUAAGAAAAAGUGAUCUGUAUGGAUCUGUAUCGUCGUUGCUGAAGGUGAAUAGAUCAAAGGCUGCCUCACUUCUUUCUGGAGGCCAGACUAUAACAAUGAGAUUUCCUUCGACCGUGAAAGUGUUAAAGCCGAGCAAAUCUGCAGCAAACCCAGCCAAAGUUAUAUUAAAGCAAACUACUCUUCCAAUGGCAAAUGCUGCCCCAAAAGAUUCGAAUCUCUCCGACAAUUUGUUGACAGCCUUAAAAAAGCUUCGUACUGAUAUUGUCAAAGAAUCCUCAGAUGGAGUCAUGGCGCCGUACCAUAUAUUUGGCAAUGCAACGCUUCAGCAGAUAAGUAAACGUCUUCCUAAAACUAAAGAGGAACUCCUCGAUAUCAAUGGUCUAGGAAAAGCCAAGGUGAGCAAGUACGGAGAUCGGUUAUUGGAAACCAUACAAUCAACCAUCAAUGACCAUAAUAGAACAGGUCCUGGUUCCGGGAAGAGGAGAAGAGACGAGAACAUUUGUCCGAAUGUAGCAGACGAUGAUGAUCCCGAUUGGAGUGCGAGUAAGUCCCACAAAAAGGCAUUGAAAAACAAAAAGUAACACGGUUAAUAAGCUUUACUACAGGUUACCCAAAGAAAAUAAGCUAUAGAAAAUAUCUACCUUUACAAAAAUUGUGAUUAUAUAAUUUUGUUGUAUAUGGCACGCUGCUAAUUCCCAUUUGUCCACGAGGUAUGCACC